GAUCCCACAUGCCACGGAGCGGCUGGGCCCGUGAGCCAUGGCCGCUGAGCCUGCGCGUCCAGAGCCUGUGCUCCGCAACGGGAGAGGCCACAACAGUGAGAGGCCCGCGUACCGCAGGGAAAAAAAAAAAAAAACAAACACGUAUCAGGGCUUCCCUGGUGGCGCAGUGGUUUAGAAUCUGACUGCCAAUGCAGGGGACACGGGUUCGAGCCCUGGUGUGGGAAGGUCCCACAUGCCGCAGAGCAAGUAGGCCCAUGAGCCACAACUGCUGAGCCUGCGCGUCUGGAGCCUGUGCUCUGCAACAAGAGAGGCCACGACAAGUGAGGCCCGCGCACCGCGAUGAAGAGUGGCCCCCACUGGCCGCAACUAGAGAAAGCCCUCGCACAGAAAACGAAGACCCAACACAGCCAAAAAUUAAUUAAUUAAUUAAUUUUAAAAAAUUCCUCCGUAAAAAUACCACUAAGCUUUAAAAAAAUAAAAAUAAAAUAAAUAAAAAACACGUAGCAUAGAGACUUCCCUGGUGGCGCAGUGGUUAAGAAUCCGCCUGCCAAUGCAGGGGACACAGGUUUGAGCCCUGGUCUGGGAAGAUCCCACAUGCCGCAGAGCAACUAAGCCCAUGCGCCACAACUACUGAAGCCCGUGUGCCACAACUACUGAAGCCCGCUCGCCUAGAGUCCAUGCUCGUCAGCAAGAGAAGCCAUUGCAGUGAGAAGCCCGUGCACCACAAUGAAGAGUAGCCCCCGCCCACCACAACUAGAGAAAGCCCGUGCGCACCAACAAAGACCCAACUCAGCCAAAUAUAAAUAAAUAAAUUUAUUUAUUUAUUUAAAAAAAAUAUGGCAGUCUUCAAAAGUUAAAAAAAAACACAUAGCAUAAAAUUUAACACCUUAACCAUUUCUGAGUGUAUAGUUCAGUAGUGUUAAAUAUAUUCACAUUGUUUGGUAGCCAAUCUCCAGACCUCUUUCCUUCUUGCAAAACUGAAACUCUAUGCCCAUUAAACAACGAACAAUUCGUCAUUUUCUCCUCCCGCCAGCCCUUGGGAACCACCAUUCUACUUUCUGUCUCUAUGAAUUUGAGCACUUUAGGUCUCUUAUAUAAGUGGACUCACAAUAUUUGUCCUUUGGUGACUGGCUUAUUUCACUUAGCAUAAUGUCCCGAAGGUCCAUCCGUGUUGUAACAUAUGUCAGCAUUUCGUGCUUUUUAAGGCUGAAUAACAUUCCAUUGUCUGUAUAUACUGCAUCUUGUUUAUCCAUUUAUCUAUCGAUGGAUACUUAAGUUGCUUCCACCUUUUGGCUAUUGUGAAUAAUGCUGCUAUGAAAGUGGGUGUACAGAUAUCUCUUUUUGAGACCCUGCUUUUGGUUCUUUUGGAUAUAUACCCAGAAGUGGGAUUGCUGGAUCAUAUAGUAAUUCUAUUUUUAAUUUUUUGAGGAGCUGCUGUACUGUUUUCCAUAGCAGCUGCAUCACUUUACAUUCCCACCAGCAGUGCACAAGGGUUCCAAUUUCUCCAUAUCCUUGCCAACACAUGUUAUUUUCUGUUUUUGAUAGUAGCCAUCCUAAAGGAUGUAAAGUGGUAUCUUACUGUGAUUUUGAUUUGCAUUUCCCUAAUUAGUGAUGUUGAGCAGCUUUUCAUGUGCUUGUUGGACAUUUGUGUAUCUUUGGAGAAAUGUCUUGGGCUCACUUUCAAUAGAAUAAUUAAAGAUUUUAUGUUUUAUUGUCAAUAUUAUGCUUAGCUCGAGUUUAAAAAAAAUUUUUUUUAUUGUGGUAAAAAACGCAUAAGAUUUACCACCUUAACCAUUUCUAAGUGUGCAAUUCAGUAGUGUUUGGUAUAUUCCCAUCGUUGUGCCGCCAGUCUCUAGAACUUUUUCAUCUUACAAAACUGAAACUCUAUACUCAUUAAACUCAGCUUGACUUUUAAUAUGUUGUUUUGUAUGUUCUUUGUUUUUUCUGUUUUACUAAUAUGAAGUUUCUGGACCAGCAGAGCUGAGGGUACCCAAACUUGUACUGAGGCAACUCUACUGAGUGAGGACUGGGGAGGGCACGGCAUUCCUGACUUUGUCUAUGGGCAGAAGGAACUCGUGCCAGAAGGGAUUCAGUGGCCAAGGAGCGGACCCAGCCUUCUGGACACACUGCCACUGUCUCGCUUUGACUCUGCCCUCUGCUUGGCCUGGAGGCAGCGGAUGGAGCUGGGGCUGUUCCGCUACUGUCUGGGGGAGCUGCAGACCCAAACCCUUCCUGGUGCCGUGGGUUUUGUUGCUCAGCUGAAUGUGGAGCGAGGUGUGCAAAGAAGGAGCCCCCAGAACAUCAGGAGCGUGAGGCAGGCGUUUGACCCUGAACAGUUUAACUUCAACCAGAUCCGGCCAGGAGAAGUCCUCUUCCGCUUGCACCGGGAGCCCGAUCUCCCCAGUGCUCUCCAGCAAGACGACAUCCUCGUGGUGAUCAAUGUCAGCCCCUUGGAGUGGGGCCACGUGCUGCUGGUGCCCGAGCCCACCCGAGGGCUCCCCCAGCGCCUGCUGCCAGGGGCACUGCAGGCCGGGGUUGAAGCUGUGCUGCUGAGCUCACACCCAGGCUUCCGAGUCGGCUUCAACAGCCUGGGUGGCCUGGCCUCAGUGAACCACCUCCACCUGCAUGGCUAUUACUUGGCCCACAGACUGCCCGUGGAGGGGGCCCCAAGCAAACCCCUGGAUCCUGGGGGCCGUCUGCAUCUGCUCCAGGACCUCCCAGCUCCUGGCUUCCUCUUUUACACAAGCGGGCCAGGGCCCGACUUGGAAGCCUUGAUAAGCAGGGUAUGUCGGGCCACUGACUAUCUGGCUGACCACGAGAUUGCACAUAACUUGUUUGUGACCCGGGGGGCUCCACCUGGAAAGACAUCAUCUUCCUCAGCCCUCACGGGGGUCCGAGUAAUUCUUUGGGCCCGGAAGUCCAGCUUUGGGAUAAAGGAAGGCGAGGCCUUCAAUGUUGCCCUCUGUGAGCUGGCCGGGCACCUCCCUGUCAAAACGUCCCAGGACUUCAGCAGCCUGACAGAGGCGGCGGCUCUGGCCAUCAUCCGAGACUGUCUGCUGCCCCCAGCCCAGGCGGGAGAGGUGCAGGCAGCACUGGUGGCCUUGAUAGCCAAGGAGGAGCAGUAAUCCUUCCAGAAGUAUUUAUUUUGUAACCGAUCUAAGUCUCUUUCCGGAAAGCUGUUCAUCGUGAUCAUGUGGGCACUUUCAUGAAUGCCUUCUCACCUGUCUCAGCCUAAGGGGAGGGAUAAAGAACUGGUAAGUGGUCUCUUUAAGGAGGAGGAUACCUUGGAAUAAAUCGAAUGAAUGAGCCCUCA